AGGAGACGAUUAAUAUUGGUUCAAACGUUGGUAAUAAAUACUUAUGAACGGAUUUGGCUUUGAUUCAGCGCAGUACAACAAUUUAGUGCGUUUCACGCCGCGAGAGAGGGCUUACGUUUACUCAAUGUCCUUCUGAGUCACAUUCACAAUCGUGUUUCUAUUUUUGAAUUAAACUCGCUAAUCUGUGUGCAAAAAGUUCAAUUAAAAUAAAUUUAUGUUUAUUUCUGAACGCAACUAUUAUGUCUAUGAUUUUUAGCGGUAAAAUGUGAGUUUUGUAAAGUGUAAAUAGUGAAAAAAAAACUGGAAUUAAACGAAAAGCUCAACAUGUUGGCCGUGUGGCUGGUGGUUGCGUGUGCGACGACUGCGCACGCGCUGCGUGUCGGCGUCGGCAUCGCUGAUGUCACUGGCCCACCUGCCGAAAUCGCAUUUAUGGGUUAUGCUCAAUUAGAACAAACGGGUCAUGGCAUCCACUUGAGGCAGUUCUCUAGAGCCUUCGUGUUGGAAGAAGGGAGUGAUGAGUCGGCUGAGCGACUAGUCUUCGUGUCUGUGGAUGCGGCUAUGAUGGGACAUGGUGUGAGGAAAGAAGUCAUCAAACGUCUCCAGAAGCGCUACGGAGACCUUUACAGGGAGGACAAUGUGAUAAUCAGCGGGACCCACACUCACUCCACUCCCGGAGGAUUCCUCAUGGACUUCCUCUUUGACCUUCCUAUUCUCGGCUUCGUUAGGGAGACCUAUGCUGCUUACAUUGUUGGUAUUUAUAAGAGUAUCGUCAUAGCCCACAAUAAAUUAACAGACGCACGUGUUUUGUAUGGAGAAGCCGAACUUUUGGAUGCUAAUAUCAAUCGAUCUCCUACAUCCUAUUUGAGGAAUCCACCAGAGGAAAGAGCUAGGUACAAAUAUGACACAGACAAGACUCUGUCUCAGAUCCGCUUCGUGUCUCCAGAGAAUAAGAUCCUGGGCGUGAUUAACUGGUUCGCAGUGCAUCCGACCAGUAUGAACAAUACUAAUAAGCUGAUAUCUUCUGAUAAUGUGGGGUACGCCUCCGUUUUGAUGGAGAAAGCUCUUAAUGGGAACACCACAUUGCCAGGCAAGGGUACCAUAGUCUGUGCCUUCGCGUCCACGAACCUUGGCGACGUAUCUCCCAACACGAAGGGUCCGCACUGUGAGUUCUCCGGCAAGCCGUGUGACCAGGAGAAGUUGUUGUGCAAGAGGCCCAAGGAGAGGUGCUUCGCGUCAGGCCCGGGACGGGACAUGUUUGAUAGCACCAGGAUCAUUGCUACUAAGCUGUUCCAUACUGCUAUGAGUGUUCUAAACGAGCCGGGCGAAGACAUCACAGGUCCUCUAGCCAUCAAACACCAGUACGUUAAGAUGCCAGAACAAGCUGUCGCUCCAUAUGAUCCAGUCACCGAGACCUUUAAUACGAGCACCACUGUCUACGGCUGCCUGCCCGCCAUGGGCUACAGCUUCGCGGCAGGUACCACGGACGGGCCCGGCGCCUUCGACUUCAAGCAGGGCACCACCACCUCCAACCCGCUGUGGAACGCCGUCAGGGACUUCAUCGCUGAACCUACCAAGGAAGACAUUAAGUGCCAGGCGCCUAAACCGAUCUUGUUGGCCACUGGACGGGCCAAAUUCCCCUACGAAUGGCAGCCAAAGAUAGUGUCCUGUUCCGUGGCGAGGAUCGGCGGGCUCUUACUGGCCGCAGUACCAGGAGAGUUCACCACCAUGUCGGGCCGGAGACUCCGGAACGUCAUCGCCAAGACUGCGCCUGAAGCCAGGAAGGUCGUCAUCGCUGGGCUCUCCAAUAUUUACUCUGAUUAUAUUGCUACGCCUGAGGAGUAUCAGGCGCAGAGAUACGAAGCAGCGUCUACAAUCUUCGGGCCACACACAUUGGACAUAUAUUUGAACAAAUACGUUGAGCUUACUGAAGCAUUGAUUUCAAGUAAAUCCAUCCCACAAGGUCCUGAGCCCCCGGAUCUAAGCAGUCAGCUGAUUUCCCUGGUACCGCCUGUACUAUGGGACUCUGCACCGUGGGGUCACGAGUUCGGUGACUGCUUGAAGCAGCCCUUCAAACAGUACAGCUAUGGAGAUGUCGUUAUGGCACAAUUUGUAUCGGGCCACCCCCGCAACAGUAUCCGCCACGGGCGCUGGUACGCCACCGUGGAGAGGCUCGAGUCGGAGGAGGACGAUGCCUGGACCACUGUCUUCACUGACGCGGACUGGGAAACUAAAUACACCUGGAUCCGUGACUCCAAAGUAAUGGGAACGAGUCGCGCAGAAAUCGAAUGGGAGAUUCCAGUAGGAACUCCUAAAGGAACCUAUAGGAUCCAUCAUUUUGGAAACUACAAAUAUGUGUUGGGUGGCAUCUACCCUUACCAUGGAUUUACGGACAGUUUCGAAGUGUCUUAGGCCUUUGAUUGACUAUCUUUGCUAUUUCCCUCUGCAGUUUUCUGUAAAAAAUAAUAUAAUUGACAAUAUCCAUUAUUUCUGUCCAUUAUAGUGACAGGCUUAAGUUAGGCGUUUGAUAAUUUGAACAUCAGACGUCUGUAAACUAAAUGUGAUUGGGGAAUUCCCAGGGACUUUACUUGGGACCAAUUUUAAUCCUUUUGAGUAAAUGCUUUCGAGGUGAAUUCUGAAGAUUGGAUUGUAAAUAAUGUCAAGUUAUCAAGUGAUUUUUGGGACCAAUCUGUUUUAAAGAAAUAGUUAAUGAUUAACAUGACAGUGUUCAUCACAUUUUUAGUUUCAUACCUAUGUUAUAAGUAGGUACUAUUUUGUAAUAAUAUGCCAAUAUUCUACGAGUAGGUUCCAAUGUAUUGGCCACUCGUUAGAUCUUUCCAUUGAGAUAUGUAAAUUUAAUCCUUAUUAUACUUUGUUUUAAGGUUUAUUUAUAAAUGUCAAUUAGCAGUAUGUAUUUGCGUGGGUGCAUUGCGUUUUUAUUAGCUUUAAAUUUAUAGAUUUAUAAAGCCAGAUUUCACAAAGUAAGUAUCAAUUGACGUUGUAUUAUAUUUACUUACGUUUAAUCGGUGAUUGCAACUGAUUUGUACAGUAUCUGUAUCACUGCUAAUUCGGGCUUUUUCAAGCUCCGAUAAGGUUUUGAUAAAAAAAAAUACGGAUAACACCUUCUUUAGAGGUCGGCAUUGGACUCAUAGACUACACUCAUCCUUACCAUCAGGUGAUCCGGCAGUUCGUUUGCCUAGGCCACAAAAACGUAUUUUUUUAAUAACAGCAAUCUAGAUACUGUAACUGUCAAUUUGAACUUCCGAAGUGAGCUCGAUUGUAUUCUCGCCCGUCAUUGGUCGAGAUUAUUUUCACAACCAAUGACAUGGCGGACCGCGAUCGAGUUCACUUUGAUCUUUCGAAUUGAUAAUUACAGAAUAGUACUAUCGAGUACUUUAUCUCAGAUAAAUUAAUGGCUCGUCUUGGCGGGGACACUCCCGUGCCCCCAGAUCUUUAACUUAUCGGAGAGUUGUGAAACUGUGCACCUAGCUCUUAAAAUGUAUUAAAGCCAAUUAACAUAACGUACCAAAGUAAAAUUCUUAGUUUUAAUACCUUCUGUAGAUAUUGUACUUCUAUAGCUUAGAACAAGUUAGUCUAGUCGCCAAUCCUAUGUGAUUUUAUACUUUUUUCAUUUAUUUACCUAAUGUAGCGUAAUUAGUGAUAUGUAUGUAUUUUCUUUAUAUAUUUAUUAUCUAUCUAAGAAGUUUGUUUAUCUCGUACUAAGCGGACUUACACUAAGAUAAAGUAAUCAGACUAACAAAUAUGCAAAGAAGUAAAUGUAAUUCCACUUGAGUGAAGAAAAAUGUGGACAGCUGUUUGUGUUGAAAAUCUACUUUCAAAUAUAUUUUUGGUUAUUUUUAUCGAGGCUUAUUUUAGUUUAUUGCAAUCAUUAAAAUCGGUUCAAUUGCAUCAGCCCUCCUGGGCCUCAUCUGUGGUGGUCUGAUAGAUCCCUGAGGCGUCAUACAUUUGGGAUCAAUUCAGCAGGCUGUAAGUUUUAAAGUCCCUGUUGAUCCAGCCACCCUUUUAUUUAAAUUUUCAGUGAAAUAAUAUUUUUUACAGAUUUUUUUACACCAUUGUUUUACGCCGAGUUAUAAAAGUCACGUCUUCUUAGUAUUUUUUUUUAUUUGUAAAGUACGGUACUGGUAUUUUUGCUCGCCACUGUAUUUUUUAAUACCCAUUUGUUUAUUUAUCUGUACUAAGUACUUAGUAUGUCACAUUAUUUUCUUUAUAGAUAAAGGUGUUUAGGGCAACAGAUAUACAUAUGUAAAUACCUAUAAUUAAAACACAAUUUUUAUAUAAUAAGUAUUUUCUAUAAUUUUGCCUGUAUUUAUUUGUACCUAGAACUGAUUAAGACAGUGUACGUAGACUUAUAAAAGUGCCAAUUUAUAGGAAAUAAAAUAUUUAUAAAUGUAAGAAGUUUUAA